AUGGCCGGACAGCCCAGCAUACAGACCCCUGCUGGCCACGCUAGGGCGCUGUCGCCAGCCGAUCCCAGCAGCGAGCCGCGACUCGAGCCGCUGAUAGACGGCCUUCUGAAAACGGGGGUCUGCGUGCCCAACUCGCUCUUCUUGGUCGAGGGCGUCGAUGCCAAGGUUCCCAUUUCGAGGCUGCACAGAGCUGUGCGUCUGAUGCUCGGGGAUGGCAGGCUCUGUAUACAAGCGCUUCUGAGCCCGGAGCUUCACAGUCUGAUAGACAACGAGAACGUGUGCGUCGGAACAUAUGUGAGGCUGGUCAAGUCCACCCUGCAUUGCUUCAAGGCCGGAAAACUGGGCGGCAAGCCUGAUCGAAAUAGUUCGGACGAUGGCCCGAAGCUUGUCUACCUGCUCGUGGAGCGGAUGAUCCCUGUUGGAUCCAGCCGCUCGUACUUGGAGGCCAUCAAAAGGUCCGAAGAGCUCUCAGAGAACCAGCGUCCGCCGCAAUUGGUGGAAGAUGUCCAAGUACAAGUAGUGCAUGCUGGAUAUGCGAGCACGGGGGUGAAGGCCCCUGUCAGCCACGCCGACCAGGACCUAUCGGAUGGCGACGACGAGUUCGAGACGAUGCAGGUGUCCCAGGAAAAAGCAAACACACGACGCACCCAGGCCGGCGAGAUGAGGGAGGCGGCUGCAAGACCAGGAUCUGCUUACGGCGCCGCUGCGAACCAGCUCCCCUGGGCAUCCGACGACCCAGCCCAGCCUCUGAAGCUGACCAGCCUGCGGUCGAUCCCAUUGCUGCCGUACAAGCAGAACUGGAGGGUCAAUGUGCUGGCUGUCGUGGCCGAGCUAUCAGGGGUCGAGCCAUCACACCUGCCGCCCUACCAGCAGAGGGUUGCACGGCUUGCCGACCCGUCGACAAAGAAGCAAGUCCAUCUCACCGUGUUUCUCGACCCAGAGUCGUUCGCUCCCGAAGAGGGCAGCGUUGUGCUGCUGCUUGGCGUGAAGAACCACCGGUUUGACGGGGGCAGUCUCAAGAUGUAUGCGAAUGAGAGACGGCCAGACGGGGCGCCGUGGUGGCUUGAAAACCCGACGCACCUGGACUGGUGCGAUGUACAGGGCCUACAGAGAUGGUGGGAGAAGCAGGAGGCCGUUGUUGCUCAGGACAUCGAGAGUUCCGAGCAGCAGUCUACCAUGGUUACCACACGCAAAGCUUCGGGCGGCCGGACUGCAGCACCCACCAGCAAGCAGUCGACCCUCAGUUUCAAUCACAGGGUCACCAAGGCUGUCCCCAAGUCUGCCAAGGAGGCCGCCAUCGAAGCCCCCGCUAGCAAGAAGGUCGACACUACUCCAGCCAAGCCCUCGCCGCUCUCCAAGUCGGCAAAGCCUGAGGAGGAAGAGAAAGAGGAGAUAGUCUCCAAGGUCGAGGUCGAGGUCGAGGAGCCGGAGAAAGAGGAGCAGGAGGAGGCCGCUCCGGUCCCGGAAAAGUCAGAGGCAGAGGUAGACGCCGAGAAGAUCACCGACGCACAGAUCAACAAGUACUGGAGGGGCGUCGAGGCCGAGCGCAUCGCGAAGAGGGUGCACCAAGAGGACUUGGACACUUCAGAGAAAGUGCUGCGGUAUUUCGAUGUCAGCUCGCAGUAUGGACCAUGUAUUGGCAUCACCCGGACUCGGCGCUGGAUGCGAGCCAACAAGUUGGGCCUCAACCCGCCCAUCGAAGUGCUUGCCGUCCUGCUGAAGGAGGAGGCCAAGGGCCGCAAGGGCGUCCAGACGGCACAGAUGGACAGCAUCAUGAACUCCACCGCCAUCACUUCUUAG